GCCGCACAAUAAAACAAACAAACUGUGAAAAACAUUGAUGACUCAAGUAAAAUUUAUAAUUUACAUUUAAAUAUUUGAAAAUAAGCCAACAGUUCUCAAUCAAACAGCCCAACAAACAAGAUUUCAAUAGAAAAACGUUUCGGAGUCACUCCAACAAUGAAUAAUUACUUUUUAUUCGUGCUGAGUGCGAUUGAUGAGGUGUUUAAUCGAUAAACAAAUGUUAAUAACAAUAAUGUUAAUGCUAGUCAUGCGAAUUUAUCUAUCCAGUAUAUUGAUGGUAUUGUAAUUAGUUGUGCGCCAUUGAAGGCGAAAAUGGCGAUAAAACUUUCGCGCACGCACGUCUCACACUUCGUGCAUGCGAAGAAGACAAUCGACCUUAUUUAGGUAUUGUCAAGACACCGCAUCGAUCGUCCAGUUCAAGUUUAAAAAUCCAUGUCAUCAGGUGUGCGGCGUGUGCUGUGCAGUGUGUGUAUGUGAAGAGAAAAGUGAAACGAAACGGCGUGCGAUUUGUUAGUCCCGCCGAGACCAGCAACCAGCAACGAUAACAAUUCGUAGUUGGAUUGGCGAAAAGUGCAUUCGGUGCAAAUUACACCAUUUACGACAUUACAACAAUAACAUUUUAUUCAUACAUCUGCAUAUUAUUUAAGUAAAUAACUAAUUAGAGUUUUAGACAUUGUGUGUGACUCAGUCAGCAAUACCAAACUUAAUUAAGUUAUUUUAAAAUGAAUUUUGUUCUAAGAAGCUUAAUUUUAUGUGUAACUUUAAGUUUAUUCAUCGAAAAUGUGAAAUGUGAUGAUAACGAUGACAUAAAUACCAUCCAAAUACCUGAUUAUGAAAUGAUAAGAACUUCUCUGGAUAGUCUUCCAUAUUCACAAUGUCUGCUUGAUUUUGACAGAUAUCUAAACGCAUUGCAAACUCAUGAAAAAUGGGCGAUGAUUAUGCUUGAUGCGACCGUAAAGUUUCCUUUCGGUUUACUCUAUGGUAAUUCCUAUCAACUGGGUAAUUUCGAUGAAUGUAUCGAUGUCACGGUUCCCGAUUUAAGUACAAAUUCGACAGAUUCUGAAGCAUUUCAAGGACAAUACUGCUUAGCGGAAAUCAGUAUUAAUAUUACAACACCAUCAACAUUGAAUCUGACUAAUGAUGAGUCUAUUCAUAGUUUGAUACACACUAGGAAAUUCACACGUAAAAAUAUGAAUAAAAUGCAUUGGGCUAUUUGUGUACCAUCCACAUGUUCAGCAAAUGAAACCGCCAUGUUUAUUCGUGAACUUUUCGGACAAGCCAUGCCAAAGAAGAAACUUUUGGUUGAUAUAUCACCAAGUGAUUGUUAUUUUAAGCAAAACUUAUCCAUGACUACUGGACAACUUAUAUAUCUGGGAAUAAUUGGGAUAUUUUUAUUAUUUGUCCUGAUAUCAACUGGAUAUCACUGUAUACAUGUCUGCAGAAAGCAACACUUCACUGGUUACACAAUAAACCGCACCAGAGAAGAAUAUUCCCCAACCCACGACGCCAUCUUGUCGUUUUCGCUGAUAAAGAACAUUCGUAAACUAAUUUCAGUACGGGCAAAGAAUAACGAUUUUAAUUUGGAUUGUAUUUGUGGAAUACGUACUAUUUCGAUGAGUUUUAUUCUUGCCGGACACGCGUUGACAUUUUUAAUCAGUUCGCCAUCUUUAAAUAGGGAAUUCACCGAGGACGCCAUUAAAAUGCAGAAUGCUGUAUUCCUAAACAAUCCACUUUUAGUUGAUACAUUUCUACUUGUUAGUGGAUUUUUAAUGUGUAGAUUGUUAUUAAUCGAGAUGGAAAAGCGUGUUGGGAAAGUUAACGUUUUUGCGAUGUAUUUUGGACGCUAUAUAAGAUUAACCCCUGCGUAUAUUGUUGUGAUAGGAUUUUACUGCACGUUUUUAGUGGAUUUGGGUGAUGGUCCCCUGUGGAAAUCACGAAUGUUGUUAGAACAAGAAAGAUGUAUUAAUUCAUGGUGGACGAAUAUUCUCUACAUUAAUAAUUAUGUCAACACUGAACAGUUGUGUAUGUUUCAAUCGUGGUAUUUAUCUGUGGAUUCACAAUUAUUUGUGUUGGCACCACUGAUUGUGUUUCCUCUUUGGUAUAAAAGAGUACUUGGGGAAAUAUUUCUGGCCAUUUUGUGCAUUGGGACCGGUAUUGUGCCGUUUAUGAUCACUGUAGCGCAGAAUUUAGACCCAACGCUCAUGAUUUACCCAGAGGAAAUUAACGAUUUGAGUAGUAAUUACUACUUCAAAUACUAUUAUAUUAAGACACACAUGCGUGCCAAUGCUUAUUUAGUAGGCAUGGUGUUUGGUUAUGUUGUACAUCGGAUGCAAUUUAAAAAUGUGAAAAUACCAUUCAUUGCAAGAAUCCUGAUUGGAGUCCUUGCGAUAAUGGUGGGGGCAGCCGCCAUGUUUUCAGUCGUGGUUUUUUACCAAGACGAUUACGUCUACAAUCCUUCAGAAGCUGGAUUAUAUUCAGCUUUACAUCGAAUCGCAUGGUGUUUUGCUAUCGGUUGGACUCUAGUUGUUUGCGUAACAUCCAAUUCGUACGUUAAUAAUUUCCUGAGCUGGAAGGCAUGGGGUCCUUUUAGUAAACUGACUUACUGUGCAUAUUUAGUUAAUGGAAUUGUUGAAUUGUACAGUUAUGGCCAGACGAGAACACCGAGAUACUUAAGUGUUUAUAGUUUG